GGCCGCCAUAAGUAUCUGCAUCUGGGGAAUAUGCGAGCAGUUAAGGGGUCAUGGAGCACGUUAUGAACAAACGCAUGACGUGCGGACGUUACCUAAAUUUACCUCCAGUUCCCAUCAGGGCCAGCGUCCAGAUUUACCUCGGCCCGCUCACUCGCGACGAUCCAAUUCGAACGAGGCGAUGCCGAGGGAUAGCAAAAGCUACAUGCAAGGCUCCCGCAGCACGUAGAUGCUUAAAUCGUGCUACAAACAAAACCUGCCUUGGCUGCCAUGGCGGCCAUAAUGGCUGACAGGCGGGGUCUGGGUCAAACACGGCGGAACGAACCAUGCCUCCCCUCCCCCUACCCCCUCUCUGAAAGUCGCUCGGGGGCUUGGACUUCCCGUGUGGCGCUUUGACUUUUCUCCCAUCCGAAUUCGAGAUGCAUGAGCGAGUCGGAUGGGAGCAAGCCUCUUCGACAAAAUUGUCGAAACAACUCUCCCACACAAAUGGUCCGUGGUCGUCAGUGGAGCCGAGGGUUGCUGCCGCUCGUGGUGUGUGUGUGCGCGUGUGUGUUUCGUUUCUCUAGAGGAGGAUGGUGAGCGGAAGUCCGCAGAUUCGUCGUGAUGGUGGAAAUUGCAGACACUCUGGAGUAGACUGGUCCUGCGGACGGGAGGGGAUGGGAAAGACGGGCUUCAGUUCACACGCAAUGAUGGGUGGAUGGCAGAUUCUCGAGGCACAGCGGUGAAAUCCGAGAACCUGAUGAUGAUGAUCAUGAAGAGGAGGAGCAGCAGCAGAUUUCUCAGAUAGAGAGGAGGGCUCAGGAGUUUGCAGAAACGUUGAGUGCCGACUCAGCCUCAGCCUGAGAAGAAACAAAGUUUGCCAUUUGCACAGAGGAAGAACUGUCUGACCACGUGUCAGAAAACACAUGUUUCCCCAUCAGAAACUGGCCAGUGUCGUCAUAUCUCCAAGACCUGAUUCAAACUCCGGUUGGACGAAUGCUGAAUGCUUCAAGCACGAAUCAUGAAUGACAAGAAGCACGAAUUCUCAGAGUGGAUAAGAGGUGGCUGCAGUGUGCGAAGUCAGAUUACCCUGCCCCGAGUACUCAUUGCCGAGAAACACACACCAUCGUACACUGCGACCGCUGCUACCUCGUAUGAAAAAAUCUUACGACGGGUUUCAUAAUCAUGACUUUGAGAGGAAAUUUAUCACCUGCUGAGCUAUAUAUGGGUCUCGCGCUAGAGAUUCAUAGAAAUGAAGUCUUGAAAAAACCCAUAGAAUAUGACUGGUCUACGCGAAAACUGCCACCUGUACAGGGUACAUACUUAUAUCAUCAUGGACAUGUAGACAAUUGCACAUGUGUGUGUCUGUGUUGACGUGUAGAAAAUUUAAGCACAUGAUGCUGCAAUACCACACAGACUUCUUGUUUACUGGGACUUAUGAGAUGUAGAUAGUCUGGAAGGCGAUUAACACACAUGAAGACACACAUGAAGACCAUGGGAUCACAAACAAAGAGGAUUUAGAGUGUCAUGAAAUGAUUAUCGAAUAGCGAAUUUAGUCAAAACCUAAACUUAGUAUGCCUUACAGUUAAGAUCUGACUAACUACGUUUGGAUUUGGAAGAUUAUUUCUUUCCUAAGACUGAGCUCGUCCUGUGGUCUGAAACAUUUAAGAUCGCCUCGCUUACAUGCCGGGUGUGACUCACAUAGUACGUAAGGUCAAACGUCACCGGACAUACUUUUUAGAGUCUUAGUUUGAUGCAGACUUCAUGACCCUUGGUUUCAAGAGACUACAGUUUUCUACUCAUGGACACCUAUAUGUCGUUAAAUUUUUGCUAUAAGAAUGUGAAGGCCUACAUAACUUCACUUGAACCAGAAACAACAUUAACCAGCUGACUUUUA